AUGGCAGCUCGGCUGCUUGCACCACCAGGCCCUGAUAGUUUCAAGCCUUUCACCCCUGAGUCCCUGGCUAACAUUGAGAAGAGAAUUGCUGAGGACAAGAUUAAGAAGCCACCAAAGCAGGAUGGCAGCCAUCGGGAUGAUGAUGAGGACAGCAAGCCCAAGCCAAACAGUGACUUGGAGGCAGGAAAGAGCUUGCCUUUCAUCUAUGGGGAUAUCCCACAAGGCCUUGUUGCUGUACCGCUGGAGGACUUUGACCCAUACUAUUUGACACAGAAAACCUUUGUAGUACUAAACAGAGGGAAAACACUCUUCCGAUUUAGUGCCACACCUGCCUUGUACAUUUUAAGCCCUUUUAACCUGUUGAGGAGAAUAGCUAUUAAAAUUUUGAUACAUUCAGUGUUUAGCAUGAUCAUUAUGUGCACUAUUUUGACCAACUGUGUAUUCAUGACUUUUAGUAACCCUCCAGACUGGUCGAAGAAUGUGGAGUAUACGUUCACGGGGAUUUAUACGUUUGAAUCACUUGUGAAAAUUAUCGCUAGAGGUUUCUGCAUAGACGGCUUUACGUUCUUACGGGAUCCAUGGAACUGGUUAGAUUUCAGUGUCAUUAUGAUGGCAUAUGUGACAGAGUUUGUGGACCUGGGCAAUGUCUCAGCGCUGAGAACAUUCAGGGUUCUCCGAGCUUUGAAAACUAUCUCUGUAAUUCCAGGUCUAAAGACCAUUGUGGGGGCUCUUAUCCAGUCAGUCAAGAAACUGUCUGAUGUGAUGAUCUUAACAGUGUUCUGCCUAAGUGUCUUUGCCUUGAUUGGACUACAGUUGUUCAUGGGCAACCUGCGGAAUAAGUGUGUUGUGUGGCCCAUCAAUUUCAAUGAGAGUUUCCUUGAAAAUGGCACCAAAGGCUUUGACUGGGAAGAGUAUAUCAACAACAAGACAAAUUUUUAUACCAUUCCUGGGAUGCUGGAUCCUUUACUCUGUGGGAACAGUUCUGAUGCUGGGCAAUGUCCCGAGGGAUAUCUCUGUAUGAAAGCAGGAAGGAAUCCAAAUUAUGGCUAUACCAGCUUUGAUACUUUCAGCUGGGCCUUUUUGGCAUUGUUUCGUCUUAUGACCCAGGACUAUUGGGAAAACUUAUAUCAGUUGACCUUACGAGCUGCAGGGAAGACAUACAUGAUCUUUUUUGUCUUGGUCAUCUUUGUGGGCUCCUUUUAUCUGGUCAAUCUCAUCCUGGCUGUGGUGGCUAUGGCCUAUGAGGAGCAGAACCAGGCAACCUUGGAGGAGGCCGAGCAAAAGGAGGCAGAGUUCAAGGCCAUGCUGGAGCAACUGAAGAAGCAGCAAGAGGAAGCCCAGGCUGCUGCAAUGGCCACUUCAGCUGGAACUGUCUCAGAAGAUGCCAUAGAAGAAGAAGGUGGAGGGAGAGGGUCUCGGAGCUCAUCUGAAAUUUCCAAACUCAGUUCAAAGAGCGCCAAAGAGAGAAGGAACAGGAGGAAGAAGAGGAAGCAGAAAGAGCUCUCUGAAGGAGAAGAGAAGGGGGACAACGAGAAAGUGUUCAAAUCAGAGUCAGAAGAUGGCAUGAGGAGGAAGGCCUUUCGCCUGCCAGACAACAGGAUAGGGAGGAAGUUCUCUAUCAUGAACCAGUCGCUGCUCAGCAUUCCAGGAUCCCCAUUCCUUUCCCGCCACAACAGCAAGAGCAGUAUCUUUAGUUUUAAGACACCUGGCCGGUUCCGAGAUCCAGGUUCUGAGAAUGAGUUUGCUGACGACGAGCACAGCACGGUAGAGGAGAGUGAGGGCCGCCGAGACUCGCUCUUCAUUCCCAUUCGGGCCCACGAGCGGCGCAGCAGUUACAGUGGCUACAGCGGCUACAGUCAGGGCAGCCGCUCUUCUCGCAUCUUUCCCAGCCUGCGACGCAGCGUGAAGCGUAACAGCACAGUCGACUGCAACGGAGUGGUGUCCCUCAUCGGGGGGCCGGGGCCCACUAUGGCAGCGGGGCGCCUUCUGCCUGAGGUGAAAAUAGAUAAGGCAGCUACUGAUAACAGUGCAACCACUGAAGUGGAAAUUAAGAAGAAAGGCCCCGGAUCACUCUUAGUCUCUAUGAAUCAGCUGAAUGCUUCAUAUGGAAGGAAGGACAGAGUCAACAGUCUCAUGAGUGUUGUUACAAAUACACUGGUAGAAGAGUUAGAAGAGUCUCAAAGAAAGUGUCCUCCAUGCUGGUACAAAUUCGCCAACACUUUCCUCAUCUGGGAAUGCCACCCCUACUGGAUCAAACUAAAGGAGAUCGUGAACAUGAUUGUUAUGGACCCUUUUGUGGACUUGGCCAUUACCAUCUGCAUUGUCCUGAACACCCUGUUUAUGGCCAUGGAGCAUCAUCCCAUGACACCACACUUUGAACACGUCUUGGCUGUAGGAAAUCUGGUUUUCACUGGAAUUUUCACAGCAGAAAUGUUUCUGAAGCUCAUAGCCAUGGAUCCUUACUAUUAUUUCCAAGAAGGUUGGAACAUUUUUGACGGAUUUAUAGUCUCCCUCAGUUUAAUGGAACUCAGUCUAGCAGACGUGGAGGGGCUUUCAGUGCUGAGAUCUUUCCGUUUGCUCCGAGUCUUCAAAUUGGCCAAAUCCUGGCCCACCUUGAACAUGCUGAUCAAGAUUAUUGGGAACUCAGUGGGUGCCCUAGGCAACCUGACCCUGGUGCUGGCAAUCAUUGUCUUCAUCUUUGCUGUGGUGGGGAUGCAGCUGUUUGGGAAGAGCUACAAGGAGUGUGUCUGUAAGAUCAACCAAGACUGUGUGCUCCCUCGAUGGCACAUGCACGACUUCUUUCAUUCCUUUCUCAUCGUCUUCCGCGUGUUGUGUGGGGAGUGGAUUGAAACCAUGUGGGAUUGCAUGGAAGUGGCAGGUCAGGCCAUGUGCCUCAUUGUCUUCAUGAUGGUGAUGGUCAUUGGCAACUUGGUGGUGCUGAAUCUGUUUCUAGCCUUGCUUCUAAGCUCUUUCAGUGCUGACAACCUGGCUGCCACAGAUGAUGAUGGAGAAAUGAACAACCUUCAGAUCUCUGUCAUCCGCAUUAAGAAGGGGGUGGCCUGGAUUAAGGUGAAAGUGCACGCCUUUGUUCAGACCCACUUCAAACGUGAAGCUGAUGAAGUAAAGCCGCUUGAUGAGCUAUAUGACAAAAAGGCCAACUGUAUUGCCAACCACACUGGGGCUGACAUCCACCGAAAUGGUGACUACCAGAAGAAUGGCAAUGGUACCACGAGUGGUAUUGGUAGUAGUGUGGAGAAGUAUAUAAUUGAUGAGGACCACAUGUCAUUCAUCAACAACCCUAACCUAACUGUGCGGGUCCCCAUUGCUGUGGGCGAGUCUGACUUUGAAAAUCUCAAUACUGAAGAUGUCAGCAGCGAGUCGGAUCCUGAGGGCAGCAAAGAUAAACUGGAUGAUACCAGUUCCUCAGAAGGGAGCACUAUUGAUAUCAAACCAGAAGUGGAGGAAGUCCCUGUGGAGCAACCUGAGGAAUACUUGGACCCAGAUGCCUGCUUCACAGAAGGCUGUGUCCAGAGGUUCAAAUGUUGCCAGGUCAAUAUUGAGGAUGGCCUGGGUAAGUCCUGGUGGAUCCUACGGAAAACCUGCUUCCUUAUUGUAGAACACAACUGGUUUGAGACCUUCAUCAUCUUCAUGAUUCUGCUGAGCAGUGGUGCUCUGGCCUUCGAGGACAUCUAUAUUGAGCAGAGGAAAACCAUCCGAACCAUCCUGGAAUAUGCAGACAAGGUCUUUACUUACAUCUUCAUCCUGGAGAUGUUGCUCAAGUGGACGGCUUAUGGCUUUGUCAAGUUCUUCACCAAUGCCUGGUGCUGGCUGGACUUCCUCAUUGUGGCUGUCUCUUUAGUCAGCCUUAUAGCUAAUGCCCUGGGCUACUCGGAACUAGGUGCCAUAAAGUCCCUUAGGACCCUAAGAGCUUUGAGACCCUUAAGAGCCUUAUCACGUUUUGAAGGGAUGAGGGUGGUGGUGAAUGCCCUGGUUGGUGCCAUCCCCUCCAUCAUGAAUGUUCUGUUGGUGUGCCUGAUCUUCUGGCUGAUUUUUAGCAUCAUGGGGGUGAACCUGUUUGCAGGGAAGUACCACUACUGCUUCAACGAAACCUCAGAGUACCGCUUUGAGAUAGAGGAAGUCAACAACAAAUCAGAUUGUGAAGCGCUCAUGGACGGCAACUCCACCGAGAUCCGGUGGAAGAAUGUUAAGAUCAAUUUUGACAAUGUAGGGGCAGGAUAUCUGGCUCUUCUCCAGGUGGCAACCUUCAAAGGCUGGAUGGACAUCAUGUAUGCAGCCGUGGAUUCCCGAAAGCCUGAACAACAGCCGAAAUAUGAGGACAACAUCUACAUGUAUAUCUACUUCGUCAUCUUCAUCAUCUUUGGCUCCUUCUUCACCCUGAACCUGUUUAUUGGUGUCAUCAUUGACAACUUCAAUCAACAAAAGAAAAAGUUUGGAGGUCAGGACAUCUUUAUGACUGAAGAACAGAAAAAAUACUACAAUGCCAUGAAGAAGCUGGGCUCAAAGAAACCCCAGAAACCCAUCCCUAGGCCCCUGAACAACAUCCAAGGCGUCGUCUUUGAUUUUGUAACUCAACAAGCUUUUGAUAUUGUGAUCAUGAUGCUCAUCUGUCUCAACAUGGUGACAAUGAUGGUGGAGACAGACACCCAGAGCAAGCAGAUGGAGAACAUCCUCUAUUGGAUCAAUCUGGUCUUUGUCAUCUUCUUCACCUGCGAGUGUGUGCUCAAGAUGUUUGCUUUGCGUCACUACUACUUUACCAUUGGCUGGAACAUCUUUGACUUUGUGGUGGUCAUCCUCUCCAUUGUAGGAAUGUUCCUAGCUGAUAUAAUAGAGAAAUAUUUUGUGUCCCCAACUCUAUUCCGAGUCAUCCGAUUGGCCCGAAUUGGACGCAUCUUGCGUCUCAUCAAAGGAGCCAAAGGGAUCCGUACCCUCCUCUUUGCCUUAAUGAUGUCCUUGCCAGCCCUUUUCAACAUUGGCCUUUUACUCUUCUUAGUCAUGUUCAUCUUCUCCAUCUUUGGGAUGUCUAACUUUGCCUAUGUCAAACACGAAGCUGGCAUCGAUGACAUGUUCAACUUUGAGACAUUUGGCAAUAGCAUGAUCUGCCUGUUUCAAAUCACCACCUCAGCCGGCUGGGAUGGUCUCCUGCUUCCCAUAUUGAACCGCCCACCUGACUGUAGCCUGGACAAGGAGCACCCGGGCAGCGGCUUUAAGGGAGACUGUGGGAACCCCUCCGUAGGGAUCUUCUUCUUUGUCAGCUACAUCAUCAUCUCCUUCCUAAUUGUGGUCAAUAUGUAUAUUGCCAUUAUCUUGGAGAACUUCAGUGUAGCCACAGAGGAGAGUGCAGACCCUCUGAGUGAGGAUGACUUUGAGACCUUCUAUGAGAUAUGGGAGAAGUUUGACCCCGAUGCCACCCAAUUUAUUGAGUAUUGUAAACUGGCAGACUUUGCUGAUGCUUUAGAGCACCCACUUCGUGUCCCAAAGCCCAACACCAUUGAGCUCAUUGCUAUGGAUCUGCCAAUGGUAAGUGGGGAUCGCAUCCACUGCCUGGACAUCCUUUUUGCCUUUACGAAGAGGGUCCUUGGGGACAGCGGAGAGUUAGAUGUCCUUCGGCAGCAGAUGGAAGAGAGGUUCGUAGCAUCCAAUCCUUCCAAAAUGUCUUAUGAGCCCAUCACCACCACACUGCGACGCAAGCAGGAAGACGUGUCGGCAGUGGUCCUUCAGCGCGCCUAUCGGGGACAUUUAGCCAGGCGAGGCUUCAUCAGCCGAAAGCUAACCUCCAAUAAACUGGAGAAUGGGGUCACACACCGGGAGAAGAAAGAGGGGACCCCUUCUACAGCCUCCCUCCCAUCCUAUGACAGCGUAACGAAGCCUGAAAAGGAGAAACAAGAGCGUGCGGAAGAAGGAAGAAGGGAAAGAGCCAAAAGACAAAAAGAGGUCAGGGAAUCCAAGUGUUAGAGGAAAAAGCAAAAAAAGCAUCUAUUGUACAGAUUUAAAACUUGAACGUGAAAGAUUGUUUACAAACUUCCUGAUUAUUGUCAGUGCAGAACAGCUGCGGAGACCCUUCCCCAGAGAUCUACACCAGACGUAGUCCGCUUCCCCUAUAAUGAGGUCGCGUCUUGAGCAGUGACCUGCCAGAGGCAAAGGACCCUUCUCUGUGGACACAUGGAUUUCCUAAUGCUUGGGCAGGUGGUUACUGCAUGUUUUCACAUCAGUCAAUGCAACCUUAGGACAAAACCAAGAGGAAACAAAGACAGAACACAGUAAAUAAUAGGCUGCUGGGACCGGCAGGUUUCUGUUGCAGCCAGACAGGUUUUAUUUUCUCAUUCUGUUGAUUCUCAGAAGCAGAAAGCACCACUUUAAAAGUUUGUUUGUUCAUGCAAACUAUAUUUGCAUUCUUACAUUAGUUAAGCAGCUAAAAAAAAAGAAAGAAAAGAAAACACAUUUAGCCCAUGUCAUUUAAUUGUCAGUUUCUUUGGUAUUAACCGCAUCUUCUUCACAUGGGCUUCACAUGGUUUGGAGAUGGGAGGGGAAAGACAACCAGGUUUCUUCAGGCUAAGGAGGACUUGCUCAGGCCAAUUCCAAACAUUGUGCUCGUUCAAUGCGUAGAAAUGAUUUGCAUGAUGGCAUGCUGUGAUCAGAAGUCAUGCAUGAGAACCAUACACCACAGGACACCAAUGACCUGUCCACUGCACUGGGUCAUCCUUGGGACAGGACCCAGCCCUGCACCGGCCACUGUAUUGGGAGAAAACGGUAAGAUGUCCACGCCCACUACAAUUCCGUAUCAGUUCUUAAAAGUCUUUCGUACACUUCCCAGGUAAAAAAACAACCACCAAAAGCAAAACCACCACCAAACCGACAAGCAGACCGAAAUCGAUUCUCGUGUUUAUGUUAUCAGACAUUGCUGACAUACGGCCAUUGUUGCACAUUUUAAAAACGAACUACUAAAUGCUGCUCUAUGUCCUACUCAUGAGGACACUGAUACCGAAUGGCUUGUAUUAAAAACAUCACUGUAAAACCAAAUCCUAGGGCUUACGAAAACAAACAGAACCAGUUCAUUUGUAUCUUGCAAUAUUUACGAUGAUUAUUCAGCCUUCACCCUGGAGAAUAGACUUUCCUUUGGAUAGAGAUAAAAAUGCUAUCGGGAGUAGCACAGUAUCUCUUGGUGAUUUGGGGAACUGGAACCAACCCAUGGCUGGGGGCUAAGGAACGCUUACUUCACUUAGCAUCAUGUCCUUCUGCAUCCUUGCUUCCUCUGGAAGGAGUAGAUGGAGGGAGGGGGUUCAGCUAUUCUAUCCCGGUCUUUUGGCUCUUCUGCAGUGGCGUGGUAACAUCCAGCCUGGCUCUCUGCAUGACCUUUUCUUUGCUUCCAGAACAUUUUCCACCAGACAGGGGUUCUCACUGCUCCCUGGAACAGGGUGGACAGAAGCAAUGGGACUGUUCUGGGACCGUCGCUGACCUUUGCAGUCGAGUAGUCCCAAGGUGGAGACGGAGCCCCCUUUUCGCCUAAUUUCAUUUGGUUUCUUUUCUGCAGCACUCUUGAUGAGAAAGGGUUUUUUCAUAACUGUACUCCAGGAAGCUGUCAUUUCUUCCAGCACAUUUGAUUUCUGCCAGUUUUCUGAUGUCCAUUUAUUUAGCUAACUCUA